UCUUUCUGUAUCUGUAAUUGCACUAUCCUCCAAAAAUCUAAAAUGACUAAUACUCUUCUGGAGGACUCGCCCAUAUGGGCAACCGGUGGCGAGUAUAAAUAAACACAAAUACACACACAAGCAAUGUGCGCAUUUUAGCCCGUGCCCCUCAACAACAACAACAACUCUUAUUUUUGAAUUAUCAAGCUCUAUAUUUUCCCUUCAGAGAGACACAGGUUGUUUUGACAUUCAACAAAAAUUGUCAUAGCCAGAGACAUACAUGCAGAUAUCAGUUCUCGAGGUAGGCAUCUUCCUAGCCAGUUAAAAUAUCAUUUAAAAACAGAUGGAUGCAAAAGAGAUAAAGACACUUCUUAAGAAUGCUCGAGAGGCCAUCAGAAAAAAAGAAUUCAAAGAAGCCUUAAAACAUUGCAAGGCAAUAUUAUCUGAGGAUGGAAACCACUUCAUGGCCCUAGUGCUGAUUGCCGUUGCUGCAGAAGGUUUAGAACAAUAUGAUCAAGCAUUGAAGGCAUACAAGCGUGCAAUAGAUUCUGAUGAUACACAGUUAUUAGCUUGGCAGGGUUUGUGCAGUUUCUAUGAAAAGAAUGCAAGCGCUGAAUUUGUUCAAGAUCAGAUAGAUGCCUAUUUGAGGAUGGUAGAGUUCCUUGCCAGGUACAUCAAAAAAUGCUUAUUUUUUUAUUGAUUUGUUUUUAGCUCACCUGU